GCAUGCGCAACGCAGUCGUAUCUAUACGACGUAUAGUGACGUAUAGCUGAAGGUUGGUGAAAACUCGUGCAGCCAACUUCGCAGUCUUCGCACCCAGUCGAGGAGCUACAGCCGAGCUAGCAGGUGAUAAUUUUUUUUGUGUAGUCAUUUGGGGACCGAUAGAGUUCACGUGAGAGUGUGUGCGUUUGAGAGUUGAGGGGCUUGCUCUCGUUGGUUGCGAGGAGCCUGUCUUUAUGUUUUAUUUAUAAAAUAUACAGUACCAAUUCAGUGCGUAACGUGUGCUCGUUUAUAUACCAUUCGCAACGACUUUAUCAUCGUCAUCAGCCUUUUCGUUGGAAUCAAAGUAUAAAAAACGGUAUACAACCCAAGGAGGAGGAAGUGUGGGAAAUCUUCCGUGUGUUGACGAGUGGUCGAGGAGCGGAGAAGAAAAGCACCCAAGCCGUAAGUAUAGUUGACGGCGCCCGUCGUACAGAGCUUGAGCGCACCAGUAGCCGCACAACAGUGCACACGAGGCAACCAUGGUGGACUACUACAACGUACUCGAGGUCACGCGGACCGCCACCAAUGGAGAAAUUAAAAAGGCGUACAGAAAAUUGGCGCUUAAAUGGCACCCCGACAAAAAUCCGGACAAUCUCGAGGAGUCGAACCAGCGAUUCAAGGAGAUCUCCGAAGCCUACGAAGUCCUCAUCGACGAUGCAAAGAGGCGGAGGUACGACCAGCGAAAUCAAAGAGCUACGUCGAGGCCGGCGCGUGCCGCAGGAUACACCUACCGGGAUCUCUUUGACUCGCCUUUCCACAGAUUUUUUGAAAAAAAAAAAAAAAUUAAUAACAACUAUAAAGAGAGACAAAACCACCUUCGAUUUUAUGCGCUAUUAAUAACCGGCUGCGCAACGAGCCGCGAGCAUCUGCACGGGCACUCGCGAGGGCACAGGAAUCGAAACGCCGGCAACAGCAUAAGCACCUCGUUCUUCUCGCCCUUUGGACACUUUGAUUCGGCGUUCGGCGAUAUCUUCGGUGGUGGCUUUGGCAUGAACAACUGCACUACCUUCAGCACCUGCGCAAGCUUCGGAGGACCCAGCAACAAUGGGCCCCGGGAAAUGAAGCGAACGAGUACGUCCACGAGGUUCAUCAACGGCAAAAAGAUCACCACCAAAAAAGUCUACGAGAAUGGAAAAGAGACUAUUAUGUCCUACGAGAACGACGUCCUCAAGUCCAAGACGGAGAAUGGAGUGCCUAUAGCGUACAAAUAAAUUUUUUUUAAAAAUUUUUGUUAUUAAUUCGUCAAACUUAGGACUUAAUAAAACUAUUUGUAUCUUUUUUCAAAUCCGCUGCUCUAAAUGUGAAACUACAUCUAAAUUAAUCAACAGCUGCAAUCGAUGUACAAUUGAUUAACCAAAAUUUUACAUCAAUAGCCACAGUAACCCCUUCGCUCAAUAAUUGGUUUGUUUGAUACAACACCUUAAUUUUAUCACGAAACAUUAAGUGUCCAAAAAAAAUAAUAAAAUAAAGUGCGAAAUUUUUUUUUUUUUUUUUUUAC